AUGUCAGCAACCCCCAUGAGGGGGCCGGUCAACUGGUCAACCUCUUCUGGCAACAUAGCAAGAUGGACUAAGGAAUUUAAUCUCGAGAAAGAACCUUCGCUUGCAGCACAAUGGAUCUUUCUUCCAGGACUCCCUCUGCAUCUGUACCGAGUUGACUGCCUACAGAUCCUUGCCACGAGUUUCGGUAGAUAUCUAGGCAUGAAUAAUGCAACCUUAAACAGAACUAGGGCGACAGGUGCACGUAUUUAUGUAGAGGUGGACCUUAAGGAGGAACCAAUACAAGGAUUUCCAAUUGUUAUGGCCUUAAAAAAGUUAUGGCAGGAGGCUAGAUAUGAAAGGCAUGGAUUCUACUGCUCCAAAUGUUCUCGACAGGGGUAUACAGCUAUCGUUUGUCGUGCUGGAAAAAUUCACAAGAGGGAGAUUGUGCAUGUGGGAAAACAGGGAAUAAGAAGAGAGAUCUGGCGUAUUAAACAGAGCAACGAACAUGAUGCGGGAGCUAACACUAAGCAGACAAAUGAUUUGAUGGAAAAUUCUGGGAUUAAUGUAGAGACGUUGGCUAUUGUCAAAGAAACAGAACCACAACAACUUGAGGCUGUUCACUCGAAGGGAGACACUAAUCUGGAUAGAGUUGAUAGAGAUAUGAGAAAGGAAUGGGAAAUAAGACAUAAAGCUGAUUAUCUGACAGAACAACACAAGGAAGGUAAUAUGCAUGAAGAAGGCUCAUUUGAACAGAUCCAGGACAGGAUGGGGAUUUGA